CUUGGCUUCGGACGUAGGAGUCCGUCACUCGGUCGUUCUCUCUAGCUUGGAAAUUCGUCAUCUGGUCGACUUCUCCCCCGCAACUACCUCUAUUGCCAGGGAAAUUCGUCUCUGCGUGAUCGCCAUUGUGGUUGGGUGGACCACCUCGCGCGUUGUCUCCGCCUUGUUGAACCGGAGAUCGUCGUCGGACCAGUAACAAGAUACACCCAAGCUUACUCGGAGCUUCACCUUGCUUCUUCUUCUUAUCUGGCUCUCCCGCUGUCAAUCCCUCUCUAUUUCUUACCCAUUGACUGCUUCUGCUGUGCUUUGGUUACAUACUCAGCCUUUUCCCUCAUUGUUGUUUGUUGAAACUUUAGUACCUGCAUAACUUGUUUGCGUGACGAGCCUCCGAUUGCAUAGACAUCAUGAAGAUCCCUGCUUCUCUCCUUUCUUUGGUUGCUACUGCCGCAGCUCAAUCGGUGAUUGAAAGCUCCAGCUUUGGCUUUGGCCAGACGUUAUCAACAGAUGGCGGUGCCAUUUCUGGGUGGCAGACUGGAGGAGAAUCGCACAAUCCCGACAUCCUUUCUAACAAGAUUAUCCUGACACCGCCUUACCCUGGCAACACCAGGGGAUUUGCUUGGUCCCAGACUCCUGUAUCGCAAUCGGAAUGGACUGCAGAGUUCCAAUUCCGAGCGACUGGUCCCGAAAGGGGUGGAGGUAACCUCCAGCUCUGGUAUGCCAAGGACGGCAAAGACAGAAUUGGCACUUCCAGCAUCUAUACCGUCAACCAAUUCGACGGUUUUGCUCUGGUCAUUGAUAGCCAUGGCGGAAGGGGUGGAAGUGUGCGCGGGUUCCUCAACGAUGGCACUACAGACUACAAGAGCCACAGAAGCGUUGAUAGCCUGGCCUUUGGUCACUGCGACUACCCUUACCGCAACCUUGGACGCCCCUCUACCGUCCGCCUGAAGCAUACCAAGUCUGUCUUCGAGGUUACUGUCGACGACAAGCUGUGCUUUUCCACCGAUAAGGUCGCUCUUCCUACCGGCAACGUCUUUGGUCUUACCGCCGCAACCCCCGAGAACCCCGACUCCUUCGAAGUCUUCAAGUUCGUUCUCCAAUCCGCCGAGUCUGGAGCAGGCAGCACUGUGCCCGUCCAGCAGCAGAACACCAACCAGCAGCCCAUUGCCGCUCAGCAACAGGCCGUUCCUCAACAGCAGCAGCAGGCACCCCCUGUCAACACUGGCUUUGAGCAGCAGUUUGCCGACCUAAGCAACCGCGUUCAGGGCGUCAAUCAAGCCACUGACAACAUCCUUCGUGAACUCGGAAGCCAAGACACCAAGGCCGCCAACCGCCAAGUCGAGCUCCUCCAGAAGCUCGCCAGCAAGGACCAGAUCGCCAGCCUCGACGCCAGACUCCAGAAAUUGGAACAGAUGCUGCAAACCAUCCAGCGUGACCUGGAGGGCAAGGACUACCACGGCCGCUUUAACCAGCUUCAGGAGACCUUGCGCUCGUCUCACCUCAGCUUGACCGAGAACCUCUUGGGAGUCAUUACCUCCUCCGCCCCGCGCAUGGGCUUCUUCAUCUGCAUGAUCAUCGCCUUCCAGGGUCUUCUCGCCGUGGCUUACAUCGUCUACAAGCGUCGCCGUGCGAACAUGCCCAAGAAGUUCCUCUAAACUUCUCUCAUCUCCCCCCCCCCCCCCC